AAUGUUUUUCCAAAUGCUUUUCCUCUGGCUCGGCAGUCUAGCGAUCUCGGGCUAUUUCAUGCUCAGGUUCAAAUACCCAUCUGUCAAGGUACCAGCAUGCCCCGACACAUGUAAACUGGAAUACAAGACAAGCGUUGGGUCUGAAGCCGCAUUUCCACUCACUAAAGUCGACCUAUGCUACGAUGCUUCAUCCGUAAAUCUCAAAUUUACCGCACACAAUGAAACAAACUACUUUUUCAAUUCAUCAUAUGGUACCAACGAUCCUAUCAACAGAUAUGAAGUUAUGGGGGCUCUCAUCCGCAACGAGCACUAUGACAUCAGAAGAUACCGAAAAUUUGAGGUUGCGCCGAACAACGUAACGUCCCAGGCCUUCAAUGUUGCUGAUGAACACGACGUCGAGAAACAUACUACGACUUACAUUACCGGGGCCCAGAGGGACGGACUCAUCUCGACGACAACGUUGAAUCAACAGGAGAAAACAUGGGUGUCGGAUGUGAAAAUCCCGCUUCCUCUUUUGGAGGUAAAAGAUGGAGAAGGCAAAGGUACCAAGUGGCGUAUGAAUUUCUUUCGGACUGUGGUUGGGGAGAAGACAUUUCCAAAACAGGAGUUCGGCACUUGGAGUCGGUCACGUGGGGCAAGCGACACUUAUGUGCUCUCAUCCUCUGGGAAGGUCAAAUUUGUUUGA